GGACACACCAGACCCACGGCACAGUCCUCUGUUGGACACAAUUACAAUCAAGCAGGACGGAUUAUCCUCUUAAUUUGGUGUUCCUGCCUUCUAACAUAGCUCACAUAUAACUGUCUUACUUGAGUCGUGACCAUUUCUAUCCAGGGAUGUCAAAGCGACUCCGAAGCAGAGAGGUCUGCGCUGAUUGCAGUGCUCCGGAACCACGCUGGGCCUCUGUUAACAGGGGUGUGUUGAUAUGUGAUGAGUGCUGCAGCAUCCACCGAGGGCUGGGGCGACACAGCUCUCAAGUCCGACAUCUGACUCACUGCCCAUGGCCCCCCUCCCAGUUACAGAUGGUUCAGACGCUGUAUGGUAAUGGAGCUAACUCCAUAUGGGAGCACAGUCUUCUGGACCCUUCCUCUUCAGUGACUGGAAAACGCAAAGCCAACCCUCAGGACAGAGUUCAUCCUAACAAGACAGAGUUUAUCAAGGCUAAAUAUCAGAUGUUGGCCUAUGUUCAUCGGAUGCCAUGUCGGGAGGAUGACAGUGUAACCGCUAAAGACCUCAGCAAGCAACUCCAUUCCAGUGUCCGGACUGGAAACCUGGAGACCUGCCUGAGACUCUUGUCUUUGGGAGCCCAGGCCAAUUUCUUCCAUCCAGAGAAAGGAAACACCCCACUACACAUAGCAGCAAAAGCGGGUCAGAUGUUACAAGCCGAACUGUUGGCAGUUUAUGGAGCUGAUCCUGGUGCUCUGGACUCCAGUGGAAAGACCCCUAUUGAUUAUGCAAGACAAGCUGGUCAUCAGGAACUGGCAGAGAGGCUCGUGGAGAUACAGUACGAACUCACUGACCGCCUAACAUUUUAUCUGUGUGGUAGAAGACCAGAUCACCGUAAUGGGCAACACUUCAUCAUUCCACAGAUGGCAGACAGAAAUAACAGUCUCGAUUUGUCGGAGUUUGCAAAAGCUGCAAAAAAGAAACUCCAGUCGCUUAGUAAUCAUCAGUUUGAAGAACUUGCCAUGGAUGUGUAUGAUGAAGUUGACAGAAGGGAAACAGAUGCAGUGUGGUUGGCUACUCAGAAUCAUAGCACACUUGUAACAGACACCACAGUUGUACCUUUUCUGCCGGUCAACCCUGAGUAUUCGUCAACUCGAAACCAGGGUCGUCAGAAGUUGGCAAGGUUUAGUGCUCAUGAAUUUGCAACUUUGGUCAUUGAUAUUUUAACUGAUGCUAAACGUCGACAGUGGGGUAACUCCUGUGAAAGUCCCAAAGAGAAUGUGGAGCUGAUCCUUCAAGGAAUGGAUAGUCACCACAACAGCGAGAGCCUUGACAACGACCAGCCAGAUUAUGACAGUGUGGCAUCAGAUGAAGACCCAGUGCAAGAGGCAACCUGUGGUGACAGCUGCAAUGAUGGAAGGACCAAGAGUUCUGAGUCAUCUGACCUUUCCGAUGGACCAAUCACAGUGCAGGAAUUUAUGGAGGUGAAGACAGCACUCACUGCCUCCGAAGCCAAAAUACAACAGCUUCUCAAAGUCAACUGUCAUCUUAGUGAAGAGCUGCGCUUGAUGCAGAGCAAGCUGAACUCCCUGCAGACUGAAAACACAACACUUCGAUGGCAGGCCCCCAGUGGACAACAACAGCUCCAGGGGCCCUUCGGUCGACACCCUCCCCGUGGGGGUCGCGCUAUGUCCAUGUAUGAGACGGGUUCUACUCCGAGGCAGUACCCCAACCGAGCUGAAACAGCCCGCCACGAGGAUGGAGUCCUUUUACAACCCUUUCCAACUAAUAUUGGGAGGGGUCCUUUGGGGACGGCUGCUUCCUCCCUCCCUACCUUCCCCUCUUCCCUGUCCUGGUCGUGGGAUGAGAGAUCUCGAAGGGGCUGCAGUCUGGAAGGACAGAGUACAAUGCUGGAGAAUGACUAUGACUCUACACCAAACCACUCUGAACUAGAAGAGGCUGGCAGUCCUCUGCAAGCUACUGAAGCAGUGGAGCCAGGAGAAGAGUGUGAAGAGGAUGGAACCCUGCCGUGCACAGAGGACGUCAUCUGUAAGACAGAGCAGAUCACUAAGAACAUCCAGGAACUUCUGAGAGCUGCCCAGGAGACCAAACAUGAAAGCUUUCUGCCAUGUUCAGAAAAUAUCUGUUUGGCUGUGACAGAGAUGGCCGCCCUGUUUCCCAAGAGGCCGUCGUCGGAGACCGUCCGAGGCUCUCUGUGUCUGCUCACGUCCAGUGCCAGCCGGCUCCAUGGAGAGUGCCAGAAGGCUGCGGAGCACAACCCCUGCCCCUCGGACAUCCAGCUGGUCACUCAGCAGGUCAUCCAGUGCGCCUAUGACAUUGCCAAAGCCGCCAAGCAACUGGUCACUGUGACAACCAAAGAAAACAACAACUAAGGAAAAUAAAACCCAAAGGCACUUCUGAUACAUUCAGUAUCCAGUUUACUGCAUAUUUUACUAAUUUCAAAUUAUUAACAUCACUUUUGGUUUUUGAUAUUAUUCAGGAUAAAAACUAACAUACAUUCCUCGAGCUGGAAAAUCUUAAAAAAAAA